UCGCUGUGUGGUAGCUAUGAUUUACGCAGUCGUGGGAGGGAACGUCGAUUAGAACGAGGACAGUGGCAGGAUCAAGAGUCCUCAAAGGGGCGAGAGAUGUACACAGGGAGAGAGAGCAUCGAUUCGUCGCAGAAUUUCGAAGAUGCAUCGAUGAUUUUGCAUUUGCUCGGAUGCUUUGUGAGUGAGCGUGGUGUAUGCAAAUUUCGUUUUUAAUGUGGAUGAGGGGAAAAUAGUUUUCCGGUGAGCUGUACGUCGCCACAGUCCGCGAGAUGCACGUGGCCUCUUCUCAACCCUCGCAAGUUUGUUUGCAGCGUCAGAGUCGAGGCUUCCCGAGCUCGAGCCCGUGAGGAUGUCCCUUAAGUAGGAGGGCUUUCCCGUCGCUCUCUGCGCAGGAAUCAGUUCGUCAAUUCCGCGAAGAUGGAGAAGUCGUCGGCGUUGCGCGUGCUGCUUGUGGGUCUGGUCAUCGCGUGCUUAGGUGGGGUUAGCAACGCUGGCUCGGAUGGCAAGGUGCUGGUGGAAUUCUACUCGGAGUCGUUGUGCCCAUACUGCGCGAAUUUUGUCGUCAAUUACUUGAGCAAAUUCUUCACCAACGGCAUGAUCGAUAUCGUGGAUCUUCGAAUGAUUCCGUACGGGAAUGCGAGGAUAUAUGAGGGUGACGCGAUCGUCUGCCAGCAUGGGCCCGAUGAAUGUGAACUGAACAUUAUCCAAGCUUGCGCCAUCGAUCACUACGUCAAUGCGACAAAAUGGUUCCCCUUCAUUGAAUGUCUGGAAACGCUUGUAUGGGACCUGCCGCGGGCGAUGGUUCUUCCCAACUGGAAGUACUGCGUCAUCCCUUCUGGUCUAGAGCUCGAACCCAUCGAGAGCUGCUAUGCAGGACCUGCGGGUGAAAAGAUUGUAAGAGCCUUCGGAGCGGAGACAGACAGCCUGGACCCACCUCAUAAGUAUGUCCCAUGGGUUGUCGUCAAUGGAACUCCUCUCUACGAGGAAUAUGAGGAUGUAGAGAAAAUCGUGUGUGAUGCUUACGAGGGCCCUCUUGCGAAGCCUGAGGCAUGCGGAGACGUUCGCAGUGCUGGCAGAGGCACAAGCCAGAAGCGUGGAGUCUGUGAGAAGGGACAGGCUGUGCUCGGAGACGCUAGUCAAGUUGCUCACGCAGGUUUGUGAUACCAAAGGACAUCCACUGUACAAUGUACAUAGGCUUCAGAAGCAUGAUCGACAGGAUUGAUCCCUUGUGUUGCACGGGAGUCAGUGUGCACGAGGCUUCCAUGCCCUCCUGAGCGGUCAAACUUCCGGUAGUGAUAUCUCUCCGAUAGAUUUCGCUCGCACUAGAUCAAAUGCCCCUGAGCAGAUCCACAAGUUUCGUAAACUCAACUGUGGGGAGAGUAGAGACUAGGUAUUGAGGCCUCUGGUGAUGAACUUCCGGCCCACCGACGGGUUCAAGUGAUGUUACAAGUAUGAGGACAUACUACAUCCUUAGGAAGUGCAUGAAACUAAGUGAAUUCUAGUUCUAGUAUACAUGAAGUUGGGUACAAAUCGACCGCAUAAUCUUCAAAGCUUCGUAGAGCUAAUUCUGGAGUAAGAACCAUGUGUACAUUUUGGGUUGAUUUGUGAUCCUGGAACGUUUCAACAUCUGAACGAGUCAUUGAAAGCUCAAAUUGUUUGAUAGCCUAGUCUCUGGUCUGGAGAAUCCAAGACUGAAGCGUCCAAUGGAUUGCUACUUUCUUGCACAACCCUAUUUAUCUCUCCGAUCCUUCGGAAUG